AUGCCGGAGAUCGACAAUAUUCCGCCUCCGCCGCCGCCAGCUGCCAACUCUCUGUUUGGAAAGUAUGAGCUCGGACGACUUCUUGGUUGCGGCGCUUUCGCCAAGGUUUACCUUGCCAGAGACAUCGUCACCGGCCAGAGCCUCGCCGUCAAGGUUAUCAAUAAACAAAAAAUCACUCAUAACUCCAGUCUCAUGUCUAAUAUCGAGCGCGAGAUCGAUAUCAUGCGCAGACUCCGGCAUCCCAACAUCGUUAAAUUAUACGAAGUUUUAGCUACAAAAACGAAGAUCUAUUUCGUGAUGGAGCUCGUUAAAGGCGGUGAGUUGUUUGCAAAGGUUGCCAAGACUCGUCUUAGUGAAUCCCAGAGCCGGAAAUACUUUCAGCAACUGAUCUCCGCCAUCGGAUAUUGUCAUUCUCGUGGUGUUUAUCACCGAGAUCUGAAACCGGAGAAUCUUCUAAUCGAUGAGAAUGGCAAUUUGAAAGUUUCCGAUUUUGGGUUGAGUGCUGUUACAGGACAGAUCCGAGACGACGGUAUGUUACACACACUGUGCGGCACGCCGGCUUACGUUGCACCGGAGAUUCUCACCAAGAGAGGAUACAACGGAGCGAAGGCGGAUGUAUGGUCGUGUGGGGUCAUCUUGUUCGUAUUGACAGCCGGAUACUUGCCGUUUAAUGAUCCAAAUCUCAUGAUGAUGUAUAAGAAGAUAUAUAGAGGCGAAUACCAUUUCGCAAAAUGGAUGACUGCGGAUCUCCGGCGACUAUUGGGUCGUCUUCUGGACACAAAUCCGUCGACGAGGAUCACCAUCGAUGACAUCACACGUCAUCCAUGGUUCAGGAAAGGAAACAAAGGGAUUUACGAGUGCGACGAUGAAGAAUUUCUCGUGAAGCCAGAACAGAAUGAUAAAACGAUGGCGUUAAACGCAUUCGACCUCAUCUCGUUUUCCUCUGGUCUAAACCUCUCUCCUUUCUUCGACAACACAUAUAACUCAUCGCAUCAAGGCGAAAAACUGAUUGUCGCCGGACGACCGGAGGAAGUUAUCGAAAAGGUUCAUGAGACGUUGAGGGAGGUGGAUGUGAGGAUCAAGAAGCGAAAAGAUUGGGGUUUGGAGUUGGUUUGGCCAAACGGUAAAUUUGUGAUUGGAUUGGAGGUUUUCCGGUUAACGGAAAGAGUGAUGGUGGUGGAAGUUCGGAGUAGAGGUGGAGGCGCAGAGUUGUACGAUGAGUUUUGGAAGAACAGAAUCAGGCCGGAACUGCUCGAAAGAAGACGGGAAGUUCAGGUAGCUGACAGCUAG